CAUAAAUAUUCACAUGUGUUGAAUUAUACUGUUUUAUAAUUAUAAUAUUUCUUUAAAUGUGAAAAGCUAUAAAAUGUUGAAAGACAAGCAAUUUGAUAUAUUCAUCGCAAGCCAUAUCGGAUCAUUCAAACAUGUCAAAUACUACACCGAGUCAUCAAAGAAUAGUAAGAAAUGUUUAGAAAAUCUAGUUAGUAUUAAAUCAUUGGAGAAAAAAGAUGGCAUCACAGCAAUGUCAUGGAGUAACGAACAUCAAACAGAAAUCAUAUUAGCAAAGAAAAAUGGUGUAAUUCAAUAUUAUGACACAGAACAAGGCAAAUUUACUAAAUCAUACAGGAUGGAUGUUGAUACCCAAAGUAUUGUUGGUGUUGGUCAACAUGAAAAUACACUCCUUGCUGGUGUUAGCAGCGGUUUUGUGAAGAUUUGUGCAAAAACAAAUGAAUCUGUUAUCUCAGUCGGAGGGAAAAUUGACAAAAUGAGAAUAUUUCAAGAUGAUACAACAUUGUUUGCUACAGGUGGUCAAGAGAAUGACUUAAAAGUAUGGCGUCUUGGUGAGACAGAACCUGUAUUCUCUGCAAAGAACAGACCAAAUGACUGGUUGCAACUGCGUGUUCCUAUCUGGGUGUCAGAUCUAGCAUUUAUGCCGGGACAGGGAGGAAAUAUAUUAGCUAUUUGUUCCAGAUAUGGCUAUGUCAGAUUAUAUGAUACAAGAGCACAAAGAAGACCGGUGUGUAACGUAGACUUCCAGAAUGGAAUGGCAGCUACUUGCUUACAACCAAGCUUUGAUGACAGGCAAGUUUUAGUAGGUUUCGGUAGAGGUCAACUUCACCAAGUGGAUCUGCGCAGAGGCAAACCAGAUAAAGGCUACAAAGGUAGUGUUGGAGGAGUUACAGAUAUUGGUAUAAAUCGAGAACAGAGAUUAGUUGUGACUACAAGUUUGGACAGACAUCUGCGGGUUCAUAGCUAUGAUACCAAGGAGUUGGUGUACAAGUUAUAUGUAACAUCAAAACCAUCAAAUGUAUUAAUACAAACAGCAACUUCAACACCAUUGCUCAAUCCACCGCAGUUUGAGGAGAAACAGGAAGAAAUCAAAGAGGAAGAUUCCGAUGAUUUGGAUGAAUUGUUCGAUGAGAUGGUGCCAGUGCGUGAGAAACGUCGAAAGAAGGAUCAGAAUGAUAUAGAAACGGAAAAUACAAAAUUGGAAACAAAAAUAGAGGACAUUGGAGAAGUGAAACCAUCAACAGAGGGCAGCACUGAUGUGGGCAUAGAAGACAGCAUAGAAGAUAAAGAAGCAAAGAUAAUGCAACUGCUGAAGAGCACAGAGAGACAGAAGAGAAAAAUGGAGAAGAGGAAAAGAGAGAAGAAAGCUAAAAGCGUUUUUUAUAAUGCUUAGAAAUAUAAUUUAUUUAU